ACCUCAACUCAACUCAACACAAUCCUUCCCUUUUUCUUACAGACCCAUUCUCUCCCUCUCUCUCUAACCUUCUUUCUCCUUUCUUUCUUAUCUGACCAAAAAGGUGGAACUGGCAACUCUGAAAACCCUACACUCCAACGUCAAAUUACAAGGCGAGCAGCGGAGGAAACUGGUUGAAAAAAAGAAAAUUGCAGAUAGAUAGAUAUAAAUGGAUGAAUUAUUUGGUGAGUGAUGAUGUAUUUCUCAGAUUCAGAUCUCUUGGCUUUAGAGGAUCAUCAUCAUCAUCGAUAAGCUUAUUAUCCACCUGAGAAUAAAAUGGGCAUCUUUGAGGAGAUUGGCUUUUCAGACAAUCUUGAUUUCCUAUCCUGCCCCUCCGGCAAGGCGGCCGAUGCCGCCGCCGAUCCCCCGCCGGCCGGGCAGGUCGACGAGGAUUACAGCGACGACGAGGAGAUGGACGAGGACGAGCUCGAACGCCGAAUGUGGCGCGACCGGAUGCUCCUCCGUCGACUCAAGGAGAAGAAGAAGUCCAAGGAGGGCGGCGGCAGCGCGGCGUCGACGGAGGACACCGCGAAGCAAGAGCAAGCUCGCCGGAAAAAGAUGUCGCGGGCGCAAGACGGGAUUUUGAAGUACAUGUUGAAGAUGAUGGAGGUCUGUAAAGCUCAAGGCUUCGUCUACGGGAUCAUACCGGAGAAGGGGAAGCCGGUGACCGGAGCCUCCGACAAUCUCCGCGCGUGGUGGAAGGAGAAAGUGAGGUUCGAUCGCAACGGCCCCGCCGCGAUCGCCAAGUACCAAACUGAGCAUUCCGUACCCGGGAAACCCGAGCAGACGAACAACGAUGUCUCGACACCUCACACACUCCAAGAGCUUCAGGACACGACGCUCGGGUCGUUGCUCUCGGCGCUUAUGCAGCACUGCGACCCGCCGCAGCGGCGGUUCCCGUUGGAGAAGGGCGUCCCGCCGCCGUGGUGGCCGACGGGGGCGGAGGAGUGGUGGGAUCAGCUCGGGCUGCCAAAGGGCCAAGGCCCGCCGCCAUACAAGAAGCCUCAUGAUCUAAAGAAGGCGUGGAAGGUCGGCGUUUUGACGGCGGUGAUUAAACAUAUGUUACCCGAUAUUGCGAAGAUCCGGAAGCUCGUCCGCCAGUCGAAGUGCCUGCAGGAUAAGAUGACGGCGAAGGAGAGCGCGACUUGGCUAUCGGUUAUUAAUCAAGAGGAGGCUUUGUCGAGAAAGCUUUUUCCCGAUAGCUUCCUGCCGACGACCUUCGGGGGCGGAUCGGAUUUUCUUAGCGACACAAACGACUAUGACGUCGAAGGAGCCGAAGACAAUGGGAUUACUGAUUCGGACUUUAAGCCUGCCGGUAAAAAUCUUUUCAGCUUCGGGAUUUCUGCAGGUAAAGAUAAGCCGGUAAUUCGUCCGGUUAAGGGAGAGGUCUUCGAUUUGGAUCCGGACUUUGGUACGCCGAAGAGGAAAUCAGCCUCGCCUGAGGCGGAGAAAAAACUGUACACUUGCGAGUUUCCUCAAUGCCCUCAUAGCGACUGUGCCAUGGGAUUCACCGAUCGAUCCUGGAGAAAUAAUCAUCAGAAUAACUGUCAGUUCCGGCCAGUAUGUCUAGUCGAGAACAACAUUGUGAAACAAGCUGUCAAGCCGGCGACUCUGAUGCCUUUGAACGAUGCUCCAAUCGAUGUGUCUGAACUUGGAAUCCCGGAGGAUGGUCAGAGAAUGAUCAACGAGCUUAUGGCUUUCUACGACAACAAUGUUCAGGACAACAAUGCCGUGAAUUUCGACAGUCUUGUCGGUCAGAACCCGACAAUGCAGCUUCAACAAGACAACUUCUUGGCUACUGCUCCCAACACAUUUCAAGAAAACAGAAUUCCUAUGAGCAGCAACAACUCCGCAUUCCCGGUGGCUGAUUUCCAGUACGAUCAGUGCAACAACGGCGACAGCAUUGCCGACUUCAGAUUCAACUCACCAUUCAAUUUCACACCAAUGGACGACUACUCAUCUUUCGAUCCCCUGCACAAGCAAGAAGUCCCUCUGUGGUACAUGUGAUGAUCCCGACCUCAUAGGUUUCUUCUCACUGUAUAAGGCUGUAGUAAGCCAUGGAAGCGUCCCGAGCUUCCGACAUCUCUCUAGCUACACACUUUCUUAAUAUAUAUAUAUAUAUAUAUACAUAUAAACAUAUAAGUAAGCAUUGUGCAUAAGUGUAGAUAGGUAUUUGUGUGGUUGUGUGUGCUUAUGAACCCUUUAUGAGUGCUAUAUAUUAUGUGAUACCCUAAGCAUAUUUGGUUA